AAAAAGAAACAUACGUGUGAUGCAUGCGACAACGCAUUUAGAAAAAAACAAGAUUUGGAAAGUCAUCGUUUAAAAGUUCAUGGAAUUAAGGAUUUCAAAUGUGAGGUCUGCAAUGAAGCGUUUGAAACGAAGGCGAAGCAUAAAUUUCACAUGAGAUCUCACGAUAGUCGUGAUCGCGAAAAGUUUCCGUGUGAGGUAAUGAUGUGCACCAGAGUAUUCCAAACUAAAAGUGGUCUGGAUCUGCAUAAACUACGUGUCCACGAUAUCAAACCGAAAUGUGGUCGAUGGCUGGAAUGCACAUACUGUAACGAUUACUUUCGCUCAAGACCUGAUUUUGAGAAACAUUUACGAAAACAUACCAACGAGAAACCAUUCGUUUGUGAGAUUUGCGGCAAUAAAUUUAAACUUGAAGAAUCCUUAAAAUACCAUAUUUUAGCCCACAAGGGAGAGAAACCAUACAAAUGUAAAAGUUGUGAUUUCAUGGGCCGUAGUAAAAGUAUUUUAAGAAAUCACGUCAAAUCACAUCAUACCCUAAAUCGCGUUAAAAACUUUAUAUGUGAUCUUUGUGGAAAGUCGUUUUUUAGUCGAAACGCUUGGCAUGAUCACACACUUCAUCAUACCAACAGACAACCGUACGAGUGUGAUUUAUGUGAGAAGAAAUUCGCGCGGAAACGAAAUUUAACGGAGCACAGAGAAAUCCAUUUAGGGACUGAUAAUUUGAAAACAUUUUCUUGUGAAAUCUGUGGCCAUACAACACGUCAAAAGUACAACAUUGUGGUUCAUAUGAGGACACAUACGAAGGAGAAACCCUAUAAAUGUGACAUUUGUGGGCAAUUUUUCAUGUAUACUGUCACACUUCAGCAGCAUAAAAGA